GUGCGGGCGGGUUGACUCGCCGACUGGGACCAAACAAAAGACCGGAUGAAGGCGGCGGUACCACUCUUUUUCGGCCACUGGCUCUCUGCGUGGGGCGACCGCAUGUGGCAGUUUGCCACCCCCGUCCUCUUCAUGGACAUCUUCUUAGACACGCUCGCGCCGGCGGCUCUCUACGGAGUUGCAGUCUACACGGUGUGUGUGUUCGGUAUCCCGGCGGCGGGCGCGUGGAUCGACCGGCAGGAGCGGCUGCGUGUGAUGCGGAUCACCUUCAUCGUCAACAACCUCUGCGUCGUCGGCUCCGCCUGCCUGAUGCCCGCGCUGAGCAACGCGGUCUUGAGCCAGGACUGGGGCCCGGAGCUCGUCUACGCCGUCUUUGCCGGCAUCAUCCUGCUCGGCUGCGUCGGCGAGGUGAUGAAUCAGGCGCAGACUCUGGCGCUCGAGCGGGACUGGGUUCCGACGAUGUGCGACGGCGACUCCGCCCUCCUCACACACCUAAACACGACCAUGCGGAGGAUCGACCUGUCUGCAAAGAUCCUCGCGCCGACGAUGGUUGGCGUGGUGCUGCAGUACGCCGCCCACGACUCCUCCUCUCGCGUGCUCGUCGGCGCGAUCCUCCUCGGAGGCUUCCACGCCGUGGCUUGGCCGCUGGAGGUGCUCUGUGCGAACGCCGUCUACGCGGCGCAUGAGGGCACGCUCGAGGUGCGCGAGCACAGGCACGAGGACGGGACGACGCACGCGCACAAGCACGGCGCCAGCGUCGCCUAUUGCUUCCUCUACAUGACUGUCAUCGACAACGGCAGCCUGAUGACCGCGUACUUGCAGUGGCGCGGCGUGCCGCCCUCGUACCUCGGCGCGUCGCGGGGGGUGGGCGCGGUCUUUGGGAUGGGAGGCACUUUCCUCUUCCCUCUCGUGACGGGCUGCUUCGGCGGCCGAUUCCGCCAGACGGGCCUGGUCGCGGUCUGGCUCUUUUGGCUGCUGCUGCUGCCGUCGGCGCUCUCGUUCCUGUGGUAUGGCGAGAGCCGCAUCUCCGACUACUCGGUCAUCGGGUGCAUGAUCAUCUCGCGCGUGGGGCUGUGGAUGUUCGACCUUGCGGAGACGCAGGUGAUGCAGGAGGACGUCGAGCCCCGCCACCGCGCGACGCUCAACUCGGCGCUCUUCGUCCUCAUCCAGAUCGGCGGCCCUCUGCUUCCAAGCCGCAGCACCCAGUUCCUGUGGACUACCAGCCUCUCAGUUCACGAGGCGCUCACCGUCGAGCGGGCGCGGGCGCUGCUGCGCUGCGGCGCCGACCCGCUCGCCGGCGCGCCUUCUGCCCUCGAGCGGGCGCGCGUCCUCUGCUCGUGGGGCGAGUCGGAUCCGACCGCUGCGGCCGUCGGUUCCACAGUCGAGAUCCGCUCUCUCGUCUCGCGGCCCUCGAUGAACGGCAAGGUCGGCGUCGUCGUCUCCACCAACGCUUCGACGGCCCGCUGCGGCCCAGCGGCCGAGGCGGUGGAGGUGGGCAGGCUCAUCCUCAAGGCGGCGGAGUGGUCGCCGCAGUCGCACGAGCUCUUCCCAACAGCGGCCCGCAAGCGGGCGGUCGAGGUGAUGCGGCUGGGCUACCUGAUCGCCUGGGACGAGGAGCGCUUCGACAGCCGCGAGGGAGCGGCUCCAGAGCUGGCGGACAUCUGGCGCGGCUUUGUGCUGCCAAGGGUGGUGGUGCGAUGACUUCUCGUUCCGCACGGGGUUUUCAGUGAGAGGGCCAAACCCCCAGCAGGGGGUCUUGCCGUUGCCCCUG